UUUCCCCACAUUUAAGACUAGUUUGUGGUCAAGUGACACAUUUAAAGGAAUCUUUGUGGUAAAAAUAUUUGGCCUUUCUCAGACACAGACAGAGAUUUGCAUGUCAUUAGCUUGAAGGCUAUAGGGAAUUUCAGUGGCACGCUCCGUGCACCUGUCCUCCCAAACGGAUCAUGUCACCGCUCUGUGGAGGUGGUCCGAUUUAGGGGGAUUUUGAUGCAAUGAUACCCAAAGCCACGACACGGGGGCGUUGACGUCCUCCAGUCUCAUAAACAAACGCUUUUGUCGGCAGACCGGCAGCGGGUACCUGAGCGAAGGGCAUCGAGUGAUUGCAAGGCAACGUCUCUCUACCUACGAAAAUCACCGCGAGGCGCGCACGCAGCUCCACAGAGAACAUAAUAGCGCAAACUCGGUGGCGUCUGACGUAGAAGAGCUUCUUGGAAGAAAACAUAGCUGGACCACUCACAUGAUGCUGACACGGUAUAUAGGAUAGGAUGGCAUAUAUGACCAAUAGAAUGGCUUCACUGGUAUUUUCGGCCCGUUUUCGACCCACUGGACGCGAUGAGCUUGGAAUAGCAAGAGCGCGCUGGUGAGGAUGCGGACCGCGGGAUUAGGCUGACACAAAAGAGCGUUCACACCGUGUUUAAUUGCGGAUUAAAGGAGGGCAUCAGCCUUGCACAACAAGGAGACAUUUCUUUAUUUGCGGGAAGCCAAACGCGCGACGGGGAACGUUGACAGCAUCGCUCGAAUGGUGGUGCCGUGGACCGCGCGACUAUGUCACAACAGUGUUGGGUGAUUGUUCUGGUGGGGCUGAUGUCGUACUUCAACCCGGAGAGAGCGCUUGGAGCCCCGCAGAAGGAAGUUUCUCUGUCCCGGGACGACUCUCUCUCUCCUCCCCCUUAUGUGAUUAUUCUCAUCUCCUGCUCUGGACUGGUCUCUUUUGUUCUGUUGCUUCUCACCUGCCUUUGCUGCAAAAGAGGAAGCGUGGGAUUCAAUGAAUUUGAUAAUGCUGAAGGUGAGGAGUGCUCCGGGGCAUCUAGUCCUGUUCCUGAGGACAGCUUGUCCUCUUGUCCAUCACUUCCAGAGGUCUACACUCUCCCUCUCCGGGACAAGAACUGCCACUCCAUACCAAAUGGCACAGACAGCUCCCAAUGUUUCCGAAGGCACACUCUGAACUACCUGCAGGAGAUUGGAAAUGGCUGGUUUGGAAAGGUAAUCCUAGCUGAGGUGCUAUGUGACUGCAGCUCCUAUCAGGCAGUGGUGAAGGAGCUGAGGGUCAGUGCUAGUCCUCUGGAACAGCGGAAGUUCCUGGCAGAGUCCGAGCCAUACAGAAGUCUUCAGCAUCCAAACAUCCUCCAGUGUUUGGGUCAGUGCAGUGAGAGUGUUCCUUUCCUCCUGGUGAUGGAGUUUUGUCAGCUGGGGGACCUGAAGAGGUAUUUAAGAGCUCAGAGAAAGUCUGAUGGGAUGACCCCUGACCUGCUAAACAGAGACCUCUUGACCUUACAGCGAAUGGCAUAUGAAAUCACAUCAGGACUCUUGCAUCUCCAUGAGAACAAUUACAUUCACAGUGAUUUGGCACUGAGGAACUGCCUCCUCACCUCAGAUCUCACGGUUAGGAUUGGAGACUAUGGCCUCUCACACAAUCAAUACAAGGAGGAUUAUUAUCUAACCCCAGACAAAUUGUGGAUACCUCUCCGCUGGAUUGCUCCUGAACUCUUGGAGGAGUUUCGUGGAAAUCUGAUUGUCACCGAUCAAACCAAAACUAGCAAUGUGUGGUCUUUGGGUGUUGUGAUAUGGGAGCUGUUUGAAUUUGGGGCUCAGCCGCACAGACACCUGAGCGAUGAAGAAGUUCUCACCUUUGUCAUCAGAGAACGACAGAUCACUCUCGCUCAACCUCGCCUCAAACUCGCUCAUGCAGACUAUUGGUACGAGGUAAUGCAGUCAUGCUGGCUACCAACAUCCCAGCGUCCUACAGUCAGUGAAGUCUUCCUCCUCCUUUCCUCUCUCCUUGCCGCAGAACAAGGAAGUCGAAAGAGCACAAGAAGAGAUGAGGAUGAGGAAGAUUAUGAUGAAGACAGCGGACAAAGAAGGAGAGGAGAGAGUGAUGAGUCGUUUGAAAGACGGUGGGAUGCACUCCGGCCUCCAGCUUUCCAGUCAGCUGCACACAAACUUCUUAGGGAAAGAGUGUAUGGGAGAGAGGAUGGCUGCCUCAGAGGAAAUGGAAACUCCUUCCCCCUUUUGGACCCCGUGGACAAUAUUACUCCUACAUCUGAGCUUGAUGACAUCCUUACAGUAACAGAAACAAGCAAAGGGUUAAACUUUGAAUACUUCUGGGAAAAGGCACAUGGCAGGAGAGGCUACAAACCACUUCCUCCACCUCAGCCAAUACCAACACCCAGUUCUGGCCACAGGCAAACACUGGACACACCCACAGUUGUCCCUGUGAUCAGCGCUCGCAGCCCUUCACUGGCCAGCGAGUAUUACAUUCGCCUAGAAGAGCAUACUCCCCAGGAUAAGUCCCCUAGUUUAGGAAAAGGGCGCUCUUUAAGAACAAAUGCAAAGUGUCCUGGAGAUCUGGAGCUGGUUGAGCUUCAGACAGGGAUUGCUGCAAAAGACAGGUCAGCUUUCUGUCAUCAAGAUGGCUUUAGAAGAGGUUCCUCUCAGACUGUCAGAUCCAGCGAGGUAAAGGUUUUGGUUCCAAACACUGGCUUGGUUGAGUUUAGUAAAGAGAGUUGUAACCGAGUGACUGAUUAUGCUGUUAUAGACAUUGGAGAACCAAACCAAAAGUCGCUUGGUUCUCAAGCACCUCUCCUCCCACCUAAACCUCGUUCAAUGUCCAUGUCCUCUGGCAGCCAUCUGCACUCACGCCCCCUGCCUGCUCCUCCACUAGGAUAUGCAAGAACAUAUGGGUUAGACAUUUAUCCUGGAUCUUCAUACCCGUCUGGCAAAGUUGAGACCUCUGAUUCUUUACUAAUGAGUUCACUGUCCAAAGCCAACUUUGACCAUUUGGGCUUAAAUCGAACUCACCAGACACUGCCUCCAUCUCCUUCUCUUUCCCCUUCUAUUCCUCCAUCCUCGGGCAGUCACUCCAUGUUCCUCCCGCCUCAAACAUGUCCUCCACCUCUCCCUCCCCACUACAGACUCCAAAAGGGUCAAAAUUACUCAUCAGAAAUUUAUUCCAGAUACAAUACAAUGCACUUACAGAGAGACCCACUAAGCUGUGAAUUUAAUGAUGCUAGAAAUGCUGACAGAGGCAUGACACGAUCUCAGUCUUUGUAUAAUUCUAGAGAUGCUCCAACUUCACACAUUACAGAUGAUGAAUUCUCCUCCAGAAUGACCCGAUCCCAAUCCACAAUUCCAAAAAUUGAGAGAACAUCAUCCUCUAGUCCAGAAUUCUCAAAGGAUGAUGAUAAUAAUGAUUAUGAGGAUGAUGAUGAUCCUUUCAUGUCACCACACAGACCGAUGAGUAGCACAACCAUUCAGCACACCAGCCUGGCUGAUGACCCAGCUACGACUGAGCUUUUCUCAAGGGGGAUGAAGCGAACACAAUCCCGCCUUGCCACCAUUCUCCCAGCAAUAUGGAGGGAAGAUGCAGUGAUGCAGCGAGAGCGAGUUGCAGCCGCUAGGAAAUCUCCCAUACAUUUGUUUCUGACUGAGAUCUCCAAUGACCCCGUGGAUAUGAAAGAUGGCGAAAACUCAUGGACACGAGAAAGUGAGGGAAGGAAAGACAAAGGAAUGCGUCGUUCCCAGUCUCUCAUCUCAGAACUUGACUCGACCUCACAGGCUUGGGCCUCAGACAAAGAUUUCCUAUCUGGUUAUGAAGGCAAUACCAAAAAGAGAGAUUUGUUCCUUACAGAGAUUGAGACAUCUGUGUCUGAUUGUGAGGAUGCAUAUGACGGUGAAGGUGGGACUCCAGUCUCCAGAUUUGGAACUACACCCCAUCUAUUUGCAUUUCCCUCAGAUUUGCCAGCAUAUUCAGAAGCUGAGGAUGCUUUCUUAUCAGGGAUGAAAAAGUCUCAUUCCCUGCUUUCUGAAAUAUCCGAUGAGAGCAUUGAACCUGAAGCGAAGAAAGGGGAAAUGACAAGAGAGGAAUUCUUAAAGGAGAUUCAAUCUGCUGAAACAUUUCUAACUGAAAUCAUUACAAGACAACGUAAAAAAGAGGAGAGUGUGUCACCUACUCCAUUGUCUCCUGAGUAUGAGUCAAUAUGCAUAGACCCAGAGUCAUCUCAAACAAUACAGUUUGAAUCAGAAAGAACACGAGCAGGAAAUCCACCAGGUGACACAAAAGAAGCAAUUUAUGCUCAAGUCACCAAGCGGGCAAAAAGAAGCGAAAUAAAAGUUGCUAUUCGCCCAGAAAUCCCAGUACUUCAGAUUGCAUCUGAGUUACAAAAUCUUGAAUCAGUUCAGAAAUUAACUAAAGUCAGCCAAUUUACAUGUGAAAUAGAGCCAGAGAAAAAUUCCCAUAAUGAUUUCCCUCCCGCAGAAGUAAUGCCUAAAAAUGGACCUCAUUUGGAACAGAUAACUUCUGUUAUAAAAGAGAAACAAGACUCUCUGCAGUGUCAGAACAAGCAUGAUAGUAUACGAGAAGGUGCAAUAGAAACCAUUGAGGCAAUCAAGGUUAAUGGUUCACAAAGUUGGGAUGAAAAUCAGAUCUCUUGUGAUAUGCAUAUUAGAAGUGUUGAAAAUGAUUUGAAGGACAUGUUUGUUCAGUCAAAAGAGCGAUUGCAGAAAAACGAUCAGAGUGCAUUACCUGGCAUCAAGGUGAUGACAUCAAAUGCAACAUUGAGGAACAGUGAGGAACCAUCAGAAAUCCCAAAACAGACACCAAAUGAAUCAACUUCUCUUAAUAUUUCACCAAAAACAAAUUUACCAGGUGGCACAAGCUCUACAAUGACAAGAGAAUACAGUUCAGACAUAAGUCAACACUCCCCCACUGCCAACAGACUGUCUGACUCCUUUGAGCAAACCACCUUAACUGACAAGGAAAUCUAUUCGAGGACCACAUGGGAUAACAAAGACACAAAAGGUGCAAAUGAGAACAUUCUUCCAAGUGACUCUUUAUUUUCUUUGAAUGAUUCAAGCACAGAUGUGUUCCACUCGCCUAUGGUGCAUGAACCCAACUCUGAUCAGUCACUUUCUACCAUGACACCCUCAGAUUCUGUCUUGUCACCUUUGACAUCUAGUUCAUUAGACUGUCUCACGCCUGGAGAUUCCUGGUUGGGUGGAGGAAGCAGUGGAUGGAGGGCCCUGGGAACUGAAACACCACAUCGUGAUUCAGCCUACUUCUCUGAUAGUGACUUGGACGGUGGAGAAGGUUUAAGCAGAAGAGGCACUGAUGUGCUUGGCAGUUCUCGUCCAGGUAGCGCUCGCACAGGAGAGCGAGGAUUAUUAAUGGGAAUUGAGGAAAAGAUUGAGGAUGAAGGACUGCUGGAACAUUUUGAGAAGGAAGUGGAGAUGAAACAGGACAUACAGGAAUUGUGGAUUUCGAAUAAUUCAGCUGAUGUAAAGAAGGGUCUCAUACAUCUGACUUCCACUGACAUCCCAGGAGAUUCUCAGAGUGAAUGCAAUGCCGAGAUUAUUGCCAAGUUAUUUUUCAAUGGUGAGGAUGAGCCAAAUAAAGGAGCUCCAUUUAACAACUCUCUUAACUUCCAAAAUUCCACUCUGAUUAAAAAAAGUGAGCUGGAAAAAAUGCUGCAUGAAUCAGGUGCUAUGGAUCUAAGACUGCUUGCCCAUGUAGUCUCAGAGCCUCAAAACCCCAUUUCUGAACAAGAGUGCGAAGAAGAGCUCAUUGAACACUGUUCUUAUGUGCAAAAAGCAAAGUAUGAAGAAACACGUUGUACUACACCUGAAUUUUCAAUCGAUGAGCAGUCAUCAGACACAAGUAAAUCUAGGUUAUCGCGAUUUUACAGCUUACAGUCUGAUUAUUCUAAAUGCAUUAGCAGCCCUGAGAUGAACACCAAGCUCAGCAAUAAUGACACUGAAUGUGGCAUGUCCCAAGUCAUUUGGUCUGAGACAAAUGCUGAACAACCUACAGGAGUGAAAAGGACUGAGCUUGAUAUUCAAGAUACAGAUGCAAAUGAACUAGGCUUGAGAAACCUCUCAUAUUCAGAAGAGGGUGAGGAUGAGCAGGCAAAGGAGAGGUCGGAAAGUCAGCUAGCUGUAGGGGAACUCUGCUUCACUAUCAAGGAAUCGUCACAAAGUACUGCAGAUGCAAAUGCCAGUAGUUUGGAGCAAUCAAAAGAAGAACAUUCUAAUGAAUUUGGCAGAGGUGCAUCUAUGGGUCUUGAACUGAAGGAAAAAGAGUUGUGGAGUGCCCUUGAUGAAGACUAUGGGAUGGAGGAAACUGUGAGAAGUGAAUUCAACUGUCAGGCAUUUCAGCAGGGAGAGCUUCACCUUUGGCCUGUGGAAAAUGACCAAUGGGCUGCUGCCGAAACUCGGACACCAGAAGCAGGACUCAGUUCAGAGCUUUUCCCGAGUUUUGGUAAAAAGACCUGGGUAGCUGAUGAACACUUGGUGGUGAGCCAUGAAUUCUGGGAAUCUGAGGCAAAUGAUGAGCUUGCAGAUAGCGAGUCUCACCCUUCUGCUCAGAGAGUAUGUGAAGAUACAUUUAAUGAUGAGAAGGUAGGACAAGCUGUUUAUCCAUCACCUGAGAGGCUGAUCUUUUCUGAUGGGACAAAAGGAGCUUUUUCAUCUCUGCAAACACCUUUAGAAAAGCCGAACGUUCAGCAAGAGGAAAACAUGGAAAAUCCAGACUUGGAAAGUGGAGCACAAGAGCACGAUACUUGCAAUACAAAGAUGGAAGUUGAGAAUCUGGAGAUCCCAGAGCAGGAGCCACCUGUUCAGCACAGACCUGUUGAAAUGUUGAUUGAUACCCAUAAUUCCGAGACAUGUUUACAAAAUUAUUUGGGAGGGGAAAUGUUUAGGGAGGAUGAUAAAAAAGAGUUUGACAGUCACGAAAACAUGGUAGGUGUAGGAGGUUGUGUGACUCAAUCCCCCUCAUUUUCUAUUACAAAUCCAACUGAUGAAUCUUUGAAAAACCACAAAGAAUCACUUUCUGGUAACAACAAAAAUGUGCUGACAGACCAAACCAAAGCCAAAUGUGCACCCAUGACUGAAGCUAGCAAAAUGUUGGGUGCUGCCCAUGAAGACCAUCAAACCUGCACAAUUAAUAUGUCAAACUCAAUCACCGACUUGGCUGACAGUUCUCACUUCAUUUCAGUGCACACUGACUGUCACAGUGCAGAAACCAGUAGACACGAUCUUGAAAACAAUCACUGUCCUACCACAAUCAGUGAUGCAUUUUUGGAAAAAGAAAGAUCAGAUUCUCCAUCCUGCCCUAGUCUUACCAUUAGCACUGAUCCAGAGCCAUGCAACAUCCACAGUAGCAAUGUUCAGUGUUCAGCCCCUGCCCUGAUUCCAAUGGAGCUUUCUGAAUGCACUGCUUCCACACUUGCAGAAGUGGAAAAGUGUCCAGGUUCAAGUAGUUUCCCAAAUACCGUACACCACAUAGAAAUCAAGGCCAGUUCAAGCCUGUUCUGUUCUGCCGAUGAAAUGCCUGAUAAAGGACACAAGGACCCAUCAGGCUGUCCUGAUGAUGUUGAACUUGCUAUAAGUACCACCACACACAGCAAAGGUAUCACUGCAAACCUGGGACAGAAACUGCACACAUCUCUCAUGAAAGAAAACCACAUUCAACCAGAAUCAAAUUCUUUACAUGAGGAUGACAGAAAUAGCCUGUCCCAGAAAGCGGCCCAUCCACCUCUAUCCCAGUGUUCACUGAACUCCAUCCCCGAGUUGUUGAUCUCUGAGUGGAAGGACUUGGAUGAGGAGCCUCUGGAAGAUUUUGAAAAACUGGAGCAGCUAUGCUGCAUUUCUGGGGAUGAAGAGACCCUUGGAGAUCUGUUUUUGGGAAACUUAGAUCUGCUUGAAUCUUUGAAGAGAAAUCCAGAGCAAAGAACAAGCAGUGCCAGUGGCAUAAUAAACCAGGAUGACUCAGCAAAUUCAGAAGAGAAGACAAGAGUAGAGCUAAAAGAGGAAGUUGACGGCAUAUCUAAAAGUACCACAGCUGUCUUACAACACCUAGAGCAAUAUGGAAACAUUUCUUCAAAUUUCCCAGGAGAAGCUCAACAGUCUAUGGAGAAGGGAACAGGGCAGCCUCUUUCACCAUGCCAUUCUUCAGAUGGUUCAAAAGGGCAGAGGUCACUUUCAAAAAUGCCGACAAAAAAUGGACUGAUGAUGCAGGUUUGUGAGGAAAGACUUCAAUACUCUCUCAGUGAAAAUGUUAAAACCAAUGUCCUGUGGGGAUCUACAAUUAGUGACAGUGUGAUUAUACAUCCUUGGGGAGCAUCUACCACUUCGUCCUCUGAAGAAAAUGCUGCAAGCAAAGAUUUUCUGGACAAUGAAAGCAACAAAGAGGACACCCCACCUUCUUCUCCUUCUGUUUUAUUGAGUGAACUUGCUGAAGCACAGACAGAAGAACUGACUGUGCUUGAACAGCCUGAGGUUACUCCCUCUCUACCAGCAGCAAAUCAAGCUAUGAAAGCUAAGUUGGCCCGUCUCUCCUUAUCCCUCCCUCCACUUGCUCUUUCUCUUCCUCUCUCACCAAAUACCAAAGGAGGAUUCUGGGAAGGGAGCGAGUACAGAGGGGGCAGGAGGAGGGCUGCAUCGACAGGUAGCGAUCCAGAUGAAGAUGAAGAAGAGGAACAGGAGGAGGAGUCUCCCAGGCGCGUCAUCGUUGUCACGGAAACAGAUGUUGACAAGAGAGUUGGUUUGCGUAGCUUGUUGAAAUCGCCAAAGGAGCCCGUGGACAAAGAGAACCGUGACCGUGGGAGGAAUGUGUCAUUUUUCGAUGACGUCACAGUCUAUCUUUUCGAUCAGGAAACUCCAACCAAUGAGCUGAGCUCUGGAUCUACUAGUACAUCUCCUCAUGGAAAGCACCCUAGCACUGAUGGUUUAGGAACAGGCAGCCACAAAGCAUCAAAAAGUAAAGAACAUGUAGUGAAGGCAAGAUCUCCAACCGGAGUCACGUCCGGCUCAUCAUCGAGGUUUACAGUGAGCCCUGCCGAUGACCCACAUUUAGUGUGACAUACUCCUGUUCCCCAAACACCCUGGACAAAAUGAACCCCCCCUGGAGUGAAUGAGUGGCCCCCGCUGUCAUCGGUAACUAUGACGACUCCUGGAGGUUAUUUUUGUAAACUGCAACAAAGAGGAGGACUCCCGUUUCAAAAGGCUGGAGGCAGUCCAGGUUUUACUCACUGCAGCCAGUGGAGUGGCAAAUAUACACAUAGAAAGUACCUUCAAACAGCCAAAAACCUUGGGGUUAUGUAAAAUCUGACAUGUACUUUCGGCUAUGCAAUGGGAGUCUUAUUAUGUACCAGCUUAACUGUUCUAUUUUCAUGGCUUCUUGAAGUACGUUUGUAUUUUAAUCCCCUUAAAUGAAGGGGCGCACUUUCUCUGACCAGUACCUGUCUAUUUGUGAGCUUAGAAAUAUUGACAUUGUAAAUUUGUUCCCAUUGCAGUCAGACAUUCUUGUAGUUUGUGGUCGAGGACGGCAUCGUCUCUCCAAAUCACAGCAGUGCAGUUCUCAUUUAGCAUUUGUACAAACUAAAAAUCGAAUUGCAACAGAAUACGAACUCAUUUUAAGACCCAUUUAUUUUAAAUGUAUUCUUAGAAUGCAUGAACAAACUGCAACUGUUAUGUUUUAUACCGUAUUUUUAUUGCAAAUGUUAUUUAUUUGUUAUUUGUUUAUUUCACAUUUGUUUGUUUUGUUUUUAUCUAAAUGUAAGUUUGUCUGUAAGCUUAAUUCACCUCAUAUGUUGAAGUAAACUGUAUAUUUGCUUUGUUUUGUUUUUUUUACAUUUAUGCCAUUUUCUGUUUUAAUCGGAUUAAUAACCGCCUCAACGAACAUAUAUCUUUGCAUAGAUACAAACACUUUGAAAUGUUUUCUCUAAUUUAGCUCUUUGUAGAUGUCGAUCUGUAUCUAGUUGUCCUAUGAUGUGUCUCUCCGCAGGUGUUAUUUUCUAAUAAUGUAUUUGACAUUAGCUUUUCCUUUUUUCUUUUUAAAGCAGUAAUUAUUGCUUGGCAUGAAAAAAGAGAUAAAUCAGCACACAUUAUGAAUAAUUGACUUAUUUAUUAUUUAUUUAUUUAAUUUCUUUUAGUUUUUAUUAUUAUUCAUGCAAAUGUCUGAGGGAAGACUCUAGGUCGUUACGUCAUGUUCAGCAUUUGUUUCAUUUAGAGGUUUCAUAUUAUUCUGUAAGAAGCUGAGGGACUGAAAAUAACAUGGAAACUGUGAAACAUUUAUUGAACUGUUUGAUGACAAUAAAUUGUUCUGUCUUAUAAUA